GUCUUCUGCGAUCGUAGUAAAGAAUAAACGUUAAAGUUCAUGUAUAAGUCGCGCCAAAAAUUUCCAAACUGUCGGACCCACUAAUAAGGAUAUCUCAACAGCUCAAUCCCUCAACACCCCGAGGUCGCUCUUACGUGCACCGAAAAUCUCCCUCAACCGCCUCAUCUCGACUUCUUCACCCUCAAUUGAGCUGUGCAAUGGCAUCUCUUACAGCAGCAUGCAGGGCAUCUGCCCGAGCUGUUACUUCUCGGUCCGCUAUUGCUCGUGGCUUCACCACCUCGACGCGAUGCCUCGCCGCUCAGAACUUCACCAUGCCCGCCCUCUCGCCCACUAUGACCGAGGGUAACAUUGCUACAUGGAAGGUCAAGGAAGGAGAGGCUUUCAGUGCCGGUGAUGUGCUGCUCGAGAUCGAGACCGACAAGGCCAGCAUGGAUGUUGAGGCCCAGGACGAUGGUAUCAUGGUCAAGAUCAUGGCUGGUGAUGGAAGUAAGGCUGUUCAGGUUGGAUCACGCAUUGGUGUCAUUGCUGAGGCCGGCGAUGAUAUCAACUCCCUCGAGAUCCCCGCCGACGAGCAGGCCAAGGAGCAAUCAAAGGAACAGUCCAGCGCCCAGGCCCCCAAGGAGAGCACCGCCCCCUCCGAGUCGAACCCCGUUGAGAAGAAGAGCGCAAAGCCUACUGGCAACGAUACCUACGAACACAAGUACCCUCUGCUGCCCUCAGUUGGACACCUGAUCAAGGAGAAGGGCAUCAGCGAGGCCGACGUCAAGAAGAUCAAGGGCACUGGUCCUCAUGGCCGAUUGCUCAAGGGUGAUAUCCUUGCCUACCUUGGAAGCAUCAACCCCGAGACUCCCGCUGCCAACGAGGUCAACUUCAACAACCUGUUCCACCUCGACCUCAGCAACAUCAAGGUCGCUACCAAGCCUGCUCCUCCUUCUAAGCCUGUCGAGGAGCCUAAGGCUGAGGCUCCUAAGGCCCCCGUGGUCGAGAACCUCGAAGUUUCCAUGCCCAUUACUUUGUCCAAGGUUGUUGAGGUCCAAACCCGGAUUCACGAGACCCUCGGUGUCUUCCUGCCCAUCUCGACCUUUGUCGGCCGCGCUGCUGAGGUUGCCAACGACGACCUCCCUCCCACCAAGCGUGCCCCUACCGCCAACGAGCUUUUCGACCAGGUUCUCGGCCUCGAUAAGAUCAAGGCCGCUAAGGGUUCUCGCGGUGUCUACCUACCCCAGAUCUCUGCUGUCCCUCCCACCUCUCUACUCACUCCUCUCUCCCCCACCCGAAAGCAGACUGACAUCAUUGACAUCCUCGCCGCGCCGAAGAAGUCUGCUCCCAAGCCCGCUACCAUCCAGACCGUCCCUGGUCUGUCCAGCGGCGCCAAUGUCUUUACUCUUGUGGUCCCCAAGGCAGAGGAGGAGAGAGCACAAAUCUUCCUUGAGCGUUGCAAGGUGAUUCUGGAGGAGGAGCCAGGACGGCUGGUGUUGUGAGCUUACGAAGAUUCCCUGUAAUAUAUCGAUAUUUUUUUUGCUAUAGACAAUGGCUAGUAAUUGCGCUUGGAACGCACUCUUGGUAUUAUGUCUACGCCUUUUCAAUGGUGUUUUGCCAGAUAGCUAGAACUACAAAUCCAAUGAUGAAACAUGUUUGAUGCCAGAA